AUGAUUAUAAUAAUUGGUCGUUGGUUAUUACCAAAAGGAAAAAUAAGUCGUUCAGCUCUUUCUCAACUUUUACUUGUUUAUUUAUCAUUAGCAUCAGAUAUGAUUGAUCUAUUAUCAAUAUUUCAAGAAGAUAAAGUUAUAGAAAAUUUUGAAAUGAUUUAUUCAACAUUAGCUGUUUUUUCUUGGUCAACAUUUCAAUUUAGUCUUAGUCUUGUUUCAUCACGUGGUCGAACAUUUAAUUUAGAAACAAAUAAAUAUUCUAAUUCACAACGUAUUAAAUCAACAUAUAAAAAUUUAGCUAAUAGUGAACUUCCAUCAAUAUUUAUAACAAUAUUAAUGCAAGAUUUACCAUUUGUUAUUAUUCGUUUAAUUUCUGUUAUUCAUUUUAAAGUACAUUCAUAUACAACAAUAUUUUUUACAUGUAAAAAUCUUAUUAUUUUAUUUUUACAAUUUUAUCGUUUAUGGUCAAUUUGUAUUGAACAUAUUGAUCAAGAUGAACAAAUUGAUUUUGAUCAUUAUUAUUCAAGAACACGUCAUUUACCACCUAUUACAGAAUCACUUACUACUCCAUUUAUUUUAGCAUGA